AUGGCAGCAGCCGACCCAUCAGUCCAAGACCCGCUUCUUUCGCUGCGCCGGGCCAUUGCCUCGGACAGCCCCCCAACCCCGACAACCUCGUCCGAGCUCUCGAACGAACAUGCGACAGAGGACCUAGCCCAGGCAACACACCUCUACUUCUCGCAGCCAAUUCCACAGUCGAUUCCCCUCUCUACACCGACCCGCUUCACGCGCAUCGCAUCCGGAACAGUCGAGUCCGCCGUCGACCUGCGCAGCAUCUUCUUCGCGUGGCAGAAGAAAGAUGUCGCUAUCCCGGAGUACAUUGCCUCCGCACAGGAGCUGAACGAGGCGCUGAAGUUGAAGGGACCCGCUGAGUCCGGAACGGUUGAGGAAGUUCAGAAUCUACCUUUCGUUGAGCGGUUGGAUCUCAUUACUUGGCUUGAGGGAGCGUCAGAUGAAAGCGAGUACAUCAAGCCUUUGGAAGGCGCCGCGGCUGCCGCGGCUGCCGCAGCAGCUACAGCUGCCGGUGCUGCUCAGGCUGAAGCCUCGGCUGGUAUUGCGUCUGGUGUUAAGGGUGGUGUUUCUACUGUGCCUAGUGGUGCUCCUGGAGCGGCGACGCAGGCCGGAGCUCAGGGUACUCGCCCUCAGAAGCCGAUUGAUCCACGGCUACAGGAGAUUUACAAUGGAGAACGGAAGACUGGAGAUCGGAAUACCGUGCUGAGAGGUAUCAAGGCUACCGACUUCUCCCACGUCCGCAAGAGCGCCGAGAUCUUCCUCGAUCGCAACCGCUCUCGCCCUGGUCAACCCACCAAACCAGGCAGCAAGAUGAUUCCCGCACCCUCAGCAGGCCUCUCGAUGCCCUCCCGCAAAUCCAACUCCAGGCCCGACCCCAUCAUCCUCCUCUCCCCCUCCGCCUCAUCUCUUAUUCGCAUGUCAAACAUCAAAUCCUUCCUGCAAGACGGCAUCUUCGUCCCACCAGACCACCCUACACUGUCUAUGUCCACCGAGGCUAACUUCAUGGAACUGAAGCGGCCCCUACGCCUCAAGUCAGACCCAUCCAAUCCCAACGCUGCGAGCGCAGCUAGCAAAGCAACCAAGCCUACCAAAUUUAUUCUUGUGGAUGGAACAACAAACUUCAAGCCGGAGUACUGGUCGCGACUUGUGGCUGUUUUUACUACUGGACAGACUUGGCAGUUUAAGUCCUAUAAGUGGUCUUCACCGCCGGAGCUCUUCAAGCAUGCUACUGGUAUCUAUGUCGGUUGGAGGGGCGAGGAGACCCCGUCUACUGUUAAGGGAUGGGGACGCGGUGUGCAGAGCUUCAAUGUUGAGAGGUGGGAUGAGAAAGGUGGGAUUCAUGGGGGUGGGCGAUGGAGGGAUCGGGAGGUUGUCGAGGGAAUUUGGACGGCUAUUGAGGAGGGGAUGAGGCUUCGUGGUUGGGGGUCGAAAUGA